CGGCCUGGAUCCCUUUCUGUUCUUUCUCGUCGUUCAUCCCAUCCCAUUCCCCAAUCAAGCGCAGAGUCUCUCAGACUCACCGACCUUCCGAUCCAAUUUCAUCUUGGUUUAUGAGCUCGAAGGAGAGACCCACUCUUGGUGGUACGCGGAUUAAGACCCGCAAACGGAAUAUUGCAGCACCACUGGACCCUGCAGCAUUUUCGGAUGCAGUGGUCCAGAUUUACUUGGAUAAUGCUGGUGAUCUGGAACUUGUUGCUAAGAGCAUUGAGUCCUCAGACCUUAACUUCUCAAGAUACGGUGACACCUUUUUUGAGGUUGUUUUCACUGGGGGGCGUACGCAACCUGGAACUACCAAGCCUGAUGAGGGGGAGCGUCAUCCUUACUCUAUAAUUGAGUGUGAGCCAAAGCGUGAAGUCAUAUCACCGUCUGUAAUCUACAUACAGAAGAUUUUGCGGCGCAGGCCUUUUCUUAUCAAGAAUCUUGAGAAUGUCAUGCGAAAAUUUCUGCAGUCAUUGGAACUGUUUGAGGAAAAUGAAAGGAAAAAGCUGGCAAUUUUCACAGCACUUGCAUUCUCCCAGAAGCUAUCGGGUCUCCCACCAGAAACUGUGUUCCAGCCACUUCUCAAAGAUAACCUUGUGGCCAAAGGGUUAGUCCUGUCAUUCAUAACUGACUUCUUCAAGGAGUAUCUGGUUGACAACAGCCUUGAUGAUCUCAUAUCAAUUCUGAAGCGGGGAAAAGUGGAGGAUAAUCUAUUGGACUUCUUCCCUCCUGCAAAAAGAUCUAAUGAUGCUUUUGCCGAUCAUUUCAACAAGGAAGGACUGGCAGCCUUGGUGGAGUAUAAUGAGAAGAAAAUCUUUGAGGUGAAACUUAAGGAGAUGAAGUCUGCUCUUACAACUCAGAUAACAGAGGAAACUGAUAUACCUGAGGUCAUAGAAACCGUGAAGGUGCGGGUUAGAGAUGCUAAGUUACCAGACACAGAGGUUGUGAGGGUUCUGUGGGAUGUCUUAAUGGAUGCUGUUCAGUGGUCAGGGAAAAAUCAGCAACAGAAUGCAAAUGCGGCCCUGCGUCAGGUUAAAACUUGGGCGGAACUGUUGAAUACUUUCUGCACCAGUGGGAAACUUGAGCUGGAACUGAUGUACAAAGUACAGAUGCAAUGCUAUGAGGACGCUAAAUUGAUGAAGCUCUUCCCUGAGAUUGUUAGGUCUCUUUAUGACCAGGAUGUUCUGGCAGAAGAUACCAUUCUUCAUUGGUUCCGGAAAGGAACGAACACCAAGGGAAGGCAAACCUUCGUGAAGGCCCUGGAACCCUUUGUUAACUGGCUGGAGGAGGCGGAAGAGGAGGAAUAGUUGGAGCCCAGAUAUAUCUGUCUUCGGCCUGUUUGUCUUUAUGCAUCCAAUUUCUGAGAUAUAGACUCGUGUUGUCCUAACAUUGCUUUCCCCUGCACUCUUAUUAGUAGAUCUCCAUCCCCGCUGUGUGCAUGCACGCAUGCAUGCGUGUGAUAGUGGUUCUGUUAUCCUUUACAAAAGUGUGUUUUUGAUUUGGAUGUUUGCACCAAUGAUGGUUCUAUUAGAUGUUCUUAAUAAGGAGCUAUCAUAUCUUAACGUGGCUUUCGAAAUUGUUGGUUGUGGUGUCA